CGAUUGUCAUAUUCUCCGCUAAAAAGUAGGUCCCACGAAUGACGUGUAGAUGUCGACAGAAUCGCCGAAGGCGGGCGAAGGCAUGGACUAAAACAUACUGAUAGUUGACGAACGUCAAAAUUUCCGUGUGUUAAAAGCCGACAAGUAUACUUGAAUAGUGGGAAUAAAAUUGUCAUCAUCCAUUAGAAGAGAAUCAAAUCCCACGUUGGGAAUAAGAAAAUAUGGCGGAUAGUGCGAGUGAGAGCGAUUCAAGCUCCAUUGAUGGGGGCCCAAUAAUGAUGCCUCCCUCGCCUGUUACUCGAGAACAAUUACAAAAAAGAAUAGAAUCACUGCAGCAGCAGAAUAGAGUAUUGAAAGUAGAACUUGAAACGUACAAGUUGCGUGUAAAAGCAUUACAAGAGGAGAACAGAGGGUUACGUCAAGCAUCUGUGAUAAUACAAGCAAAGGCUGAACAAGAAGAAGAAUUUAUUAGUAACACUUUGCUCAAAAAAAUCCAGGCAUUGAAGAAAGAAAAGGAGACUUUGGCUCAUCAUUAUGAACAAGAAGAGGAGUGUUUAACAAAUGAUUUAUCAAGGAAAUUGAACCAGCUUCGUCAGGAGAAAUGCCGCUUAGAGCAAACUUUAGAACAGGAACAGGAAUGUUUAGUAAACAAAUUAAUGAGAAAGAUAGAAAAAUUGGAAGCAGAGACUCUGGCCAAACAAAGCAACCUGGAACAACUUCGACGUGAAAAAGUAGAAUUAGAGAACACUUUAGAACAAGAACAGGAAGCUUUGGUGAAUAAAUUGUGGAAACGCAUGGACAAAUUGGAAGCAGAAAAAAGAAUGCUCCAAAUUAAAUUGGAUCAACCUGUGUCCGACCCUGCUUCUCCAAGAGAAAUUAGCAAUGGGGACACUGCUGCAAAUUUGAGUACUCAUAUCCAAACAUUGAGAAGUGAAGUAGCUCGCCUUCGUAACCAGUUAGCUAUUGCUCAGCAGGAACAUACAGAAAAAAUGCAACGAUAUGUAAACGAGGAGAAGAAUAUCCGCGAAGAAAAUCUGCGACUGCAAAGGAAACUUCAAUUAGAAGUGGAAAGGCGAGAAGCUUUAUGCCGUCAUCUAUCUGAAUCCGAAAGCAGUUUGGAAAUGGAAGAAGAGCGGCACUAUAAUGAAAUAGCAAUGUCUGGUGGAAAUGUCCGGUCGAGGACAGUGUCUAGUCCUGUUCCAUAUAAUCCUUCGCCAAGUUCUUCAAGGCCUCUUAGUCCUGGUGUAAAUUUGGUAGGUUCUUCAUCGCGCGACAGUUUCUCAGCACCGGGAGCUCCGUCUUCAGGGCCUAUGAGUAGGUGUUACACUUGUGGGCAAACUACGUAUAGUUCAAUUCCUCUGUGCCCAGCAGGAGUCAUGGUAACUCCCACACCUAUUGUGGGUGGAGGAUUCCUGCCUGUGUCUUCCUCGCCUCCUGCUCCACCAAUAGUGCCUGGCCGUCGAGCAUCGGAACGUUUUAUCAAGCCAGCAAUCCCUCCAGUUGCUCUUGUUACUCCAAGUAACAAUUCUCUGCUGAGUGGUGGCAAUCAAGUGGCUCCAUCUCCGCCCAGUACUACUUCACCAUCGCCCAUGGAUGUUGCCAAGAGUUAGUCUGCCCUAGCCCACUCACUGCCCACUGUGCUGCUUGCUUCAGCUUGACUCCAAGUCAAAGCCACAACUCUGUGCAACUAGAAUUACCAUUCAGUAAUGAAAAAAUUGAAUAUAAUGAAGAGCUGAGUUAAUCGUGGAAUAAUUCCUUUCUAACAAUAGAGUUGUCAGUAUGUUGAUUCCUUCUGAUGAGUUAUGUGAAUCUGCAUUAAAAUUGUAGAUAUAAAUCUUUGUUUUGAGUUGUUGCUUGAAAGUUGUAAAUAUUAAUUCAGUAAUUUAGGCUUGUUCUCACAAAAUAUUAUAUAUACGAACCACUAGAUGGUUUUAUUUUAAAGUGAUUUUGUAAAAAGUAAAAAGAUGUGGUGAAAGGGGCAGCUCUUUUUGCGAGAUAAAUCACUACAGUAUCACAUGAUACUCCUAUAAAAGUCAUCUUGCUGCAUAAGAAUUGCUUGUUUUUAAUGCACAUUUUUUUGUGGUGUUUCUUUUUCAAUAAAUGUGAGUACUUUUGAAAUGAUGUUAGCUACCCUUAAGAACUCACUUCAUUAUUGUUGUUUCUUUUAUUUUGAUGUAAUGGUGCUUGUGUAUCAGUUGGGGUUGAACUAAACCACAUUUUUCCUUAUGUCCAUGCUUCUUUCCGUAAUGUUUCCCCACAGAUAUUUAGUUAAUUCGUACUUUUGACUCCUUUACGCAAAUAACAAAGCUUGGAACCCUAGGUACACAAUUGAGCUCAGGUGUGUAUUUGGUGAAUGAGAAUAUGAACAAGUAUAAAUGUAUAAGAUGAACAUGAAACACAAUAAUAUUUCAUUAACUUAUCAAAAAUGUAUGAAUAAAUGAAUUUCAAAUCUUGAUAUGAUCCUGAAGGAGUACUCAGGAUUUUUCUUUGCAUUAAGCAGUCAGUCUCUUGGAAGAAAUUUAAUGAAAUGGUAAUUGUCGUAUUUAUAUUUGAUGUUUAUGUAUAUAUUUCAUGUCAACAAAUGUUGCAGUCUUCAUAAUUUGAAAGGUGUUUCUACAUUAUGAAUAUUGUGACCAUAAAAAUCAUGAAUUGCUGCAGCAUCCAAAACCGUUGUAGAGUUCCAUUAUGAACUCAUAAUUACUUUGCCACUUCUGUGGCACUCUUAGAGAAGAUUUUAAUGUUGAAUGAUCCAUACAAACUGCAUUGGUCUCUUGCCCUAUUUAUUGUGUGUUUUUAUUGAAUGGUAAUUCUACGGUUUUGUUUCUUUAAAUGAAAUAUGGGGAGCAGGGGAAUAUUGCAUUCUAUCAGUUAUUUCUUAGAAAAUAGAAUACUGAAGUGAGCACCUCUUCACUUAUCUGCUCUGGUCACUUGACUAAAGUUUCUGCUUGUAAUUGUAAUUGGAGUACUAUAGCUGUACUUAACUAUGUAGGUUAAAUGCUGUUUUUUUGCUGUGAAAUGUGUCUUAUUUCAUGUGAAUGGAUUUCGGAGUGAAAGCAUUGGAUUGUGCUUUCAAAUGCUAACAGUGUGUUCUUAGUGAAUAAUAGUACUUGUAGACAAAUGCCAUCUUAUUAUCUGGUGACUGCAGUUGCUUUCCUUUCAGAUGAUAGGUUGCCUACAUCAAUCUGCAAUUACAUAUUUUACAGUUGAUGAUAUAGCUCAUGCAGUUUGCAAAACAACUUUACUAAUCUCAACCAUAUGUGUGUCAUAAUAUUACAUCAUUCUAGUUUUGGAUGCAAUGUUACAAUUUCAAAAAAUUGAUUUUUUUUUCGUUUUGAUGUACCAUCUAUUUUAUUGUUCCCCUGCUCUUAUUUGUACUGUGCAUAAAGCUUUUUUUUGCCUGAACAUGAAUGUUCUUGCAAAAGUACUGUAUUGGCUUUUAACUAAAAUCUAGGCAAGCAAGACGCUUAUAAUGUGUGCUUACAUAUAUUGUUGUAUUUGAAAGUGCGAAAGGUGAUCUAAAGCCUAAUAGUGUUUUCUUUCCCCCACAUUGAGUUCAUACUACUUUCCUCAAGUUGGCAGAUAUUGAAAAAAAUUCAAAUAAGAUUUCUAAUAAAAUUUCAAUGGAAUCUGCAAAUGAGGAAAUAUUUGUAGUUGUCAAUGAUAUUGGGGAUGCAUGUGAAGUUACUUGUUGAGAUAACUACCUUUACUAAUGGAAAGAUAUUGAGUGUAUUUAAAUUCGAAUGUAUUUUUUUUAAAAGAGACUUAUUUGAAAAAGAUCUGAUGUGAAAAAUGGAAACUGGUAAUGUGUUGAAUUGAGCUUGCAAUGGAUUGAGAUGUAAUGAGUGUUACAAUUUUGAUGCCCGGUUUACUUUUUAAGGGUGAUGCUUAAUGUAAUCCCAACAGGGUGAUAUUUUAUUAGUUGAAAUACUUUUUGUUUUUCCAUAAUGUCACAUUCCAAAAAGUAGAUUUGAAACCCUUUGAAAUCUUAAUAGAACUGCAUAUCAGUUUUGUGAUGAAAUGCAUAAUUUGUUAGUAUUUUUGAUAUGUUCCCUGUAUAUAAAUAUUAUUUCUGAGAGAAGUCAUUGGUGUGCAGUUAAAAGGAUUUUUGUUGCUAUGUUGUAUAUUGGAUGAUUGGGAUUUAAAUAACCAUAAAGGAGUCUGUAUAAAUCUAUAAGUUUAUUUGGCAAUCAAUAUUUUUUCACAUAUUUGACUGCAUUGUGCAGGUUUAAUUGUUUUAUGAGCCCUGAAAUUCCUAUUGUUAUUUGCAGAGUGUGUAUGUGUGUGUAUGCGCGUGUGUAUGUGUGCGUGUUUGUGUGGGUGUGUACAGAAUAUAAGCUACAUUGGUAAGAUUUUGUGAUUUUCUAAGAAAAGUGUGGAUAAUACAAUAUGCCAGUUGAUAUGUAGAUCAUUUUCAUAAAUUGCUAGUAAUGUACACUAACAUGAACUUUUAAAAAAGUAGCUGACUGCUGUACCGCCACUGUUCUUGUUAAUUGCACUCCACCAUUGUGCAUGGUGUUACUGAAACAUUAUUACAUGUCAAGAUAUUUACUUAAAAAUAAUUCAGAAUGAUUAUAUCUUGAAUUUAGUCACUUGAAAUUGUUAAUAGUUAAAUUUGCCAAUAAGAAAUGCACAUAAAACAAUUUCAAGAAAUUCAAAGAAUUUGAAGCAUGAAGUGAGAUUUAUAUGCCAAGUGUGGCUUAUAUUCAGAACACUGAAAUUUUCUGAAUGCACUUAUUUGAUCUUCCCACAAUGUUCAUUGUUAAUUCUUUGUUUGUCUUUGAAAUAGAAUUCACUCUCUUGGAUGCCAAUAAAAUAUUGCAAAACAGGUUGGUUUAUUUGUUUCCAAAUUUAUUUGAAAUAGGAAAAGUUGCUACUGUCAUUACAGAACACUUAAGUUAUUAUUUCCUACAACUCAAAGAAUUUGCUGAAAUACCUCAGCUGGAGUUACUGUGGGGAUAGCUACAUUACAGCUUUUUGUUUACUAAGUUUCAAUUUUACCUUUGGGUUGAACAUGAAUUUAAUAUUACGUUUUUAACUCGCAGAAUUCAGUUUCAAGAUGUUUCAAACAAUUUUGCAACUAAAAUGUAUUGUAGCUUUUUUCCAGCAAUAUUUGUAACCAUGUUUUACUGUAUGUUGUAACUACUAGAAAAAAAUUAAAAUAUUUCACAAACUAUUUUUUAACAGACUUAAAAAAGAAAUUACACAAUACAUUGUGUGCGUAAAUAUUACAAAUAAUGUAUUGAAUUUAAUGCACUAUGUCAGUACUUUCUCAAGGGCUCGUAGAUUGAUAUAAUGGAUUAGACAAAAAAAACAAAAAACAACAACACUUAGAGCACCAUACAAAGUACAUCAGUGGCGAUGCUGUCGCGAACAUUCAAUAAAAAAUAUUUGAAAAAAUUAGAUGAAAGACAACAUUUAAAAAAUUUAUUGAAAUUAAUAUUUUAAAAAUAUACAAACUCGUUGAAACAGCUAAUAAAACUUUCACAAUGCCUUCAAAGAAUUUCAAUUUAAUAUAUUUUGUUUAUCCGAUCUGAUUAUAAC